AGGGAGCGAGGGGCGGCCGGGUGUGAGUGUGUGUGGGGGUGGAGGCGAGUGUGUGUGGGAGUGGGGGGUGAGGGAGAGCCACACCGACCGCGAGGCUGUGAGAAAGUGGGCGAGUGUGCGAGGGCGCCCGGCCUGGCUGCGGGAGCCGCGGUGGUGGAAGAGAAAGGAGGCGGCUCCCGGCAUCCCGACCCCCUCCCCCUCCUCUCGUUCUCGGACCUCCAGCCCGCCAGGCAGCCCGCGGUUCCGUCGGAAGCCACAGCCCGGCUCCGCUGGCAGAGAGCGAGGGAGGAGCCGCCCGAGCCAGACCUUCAACUGGUUGGAUGAGACCCACCUACAACAUAGAGGGAAUCUUCAUUCAGUGUCAACUUAUUAUAGACUUUAAUCAUAUUUACAAAAGACCUUAAUAGCAACAUAUAGACUAGCGCAAACAGUUGGGGCACUAUUGUCUAGCCACGCUGACACAGUUGAACUAACACAAUGAAAAAUCCAGGUGUUGAAGCAGAAAGAAUCAGCAUUCAGGAGGAAAUAAUCCAAGAGAAGGAAGACCAAGCAGAUCAAGAUGUGUAGCUCUGUGGCAGCCAAGUUGUGGUUUUUGACAGAUCGUCGAAUCAGAGAAGACUAUCCCCAAAAAGAGAUUUUACGAGCAUUAAAGGCCAAAUGUUGUGAGGAGGAAUUGGACUUUAGGGCCGUGGUGAUGGAUGAGGUGGUACUGACAAUCGAGCAAGGAAACCUGGGUCUACGGAUCAAUGGAGAACUAAUAACUGCCUAUCCCCAAGUGGUGGUAGUGAGAGUACCAACCCCUUGGGUGCAAAGUGAUAGUGACAUAACUGUUUUGCGCCAUUUAGAGAAGAUGGGAUGUCGGUUGAUGAACCGACCUCAAGCCAUCCUGAACUGUGUUAAUAAAUUUUGGACUUUUCAAGAGUUGGCUGGCCAUGGUGUUCCUCUGCCAGAUACUUUCUCUUAUGGUGGUCAUGAAAAUUUUGCUAAAAUGAUUGAUGAAGCAGAAGUACUGGAGUUUCCAAUGGUAGUGAAGAAUACACGAGGUCAUAGAGGCAAAGCGGUUUUCUUGGCCCGAGAUAAGCACCAUUUGGCUGAUCUAAGCCAUCUUAUUCGCCAUGAAGCUCCAUACCUGUUCCAGAAGUAUGUUAAGGAGUCUCAUGGACGAGAUGUCCGUGUCAUUGUUGUUGGAGGCCGUGUGGUUGGCACCAUGUUACGUUGUUCAACAGAUGGAAGGAUGCAAAGCAACUGCUCACUAGGUGGUGUGGGGAUGAUGUGCUCCUUGAGUGAACAGGGGAAGCAGCUAGCUAUCCAGGUGUCUAAUAUCCUGGGGAUGGAUGUGUGUGGCAUUGACCUAUUGAUGAAAGAUGACGGCUCCUUCUGUGUCUGCGAGGCCAAUGCAAAUGUAGGUUUCAUCGCCUUUGAUAAGGCUUGUAAUCUAGAUGUAGCUGGUAUCAUAGCGGACUAUGCCGCCUCCCUCCUGCCCUCUGGCCGGCUCACCCGGCGUAUGUCCCUGCUCUCCGUGGUGUCCACGGCCAGUGAGACUAGUGAGCCGGAGCUGGGUCCUCCAGCCAGCACUGCUGUCGACAACAUGAGCGCAAGUUCCAGCUCUGUUGACAGUGACCCUGAAAGCACCGAGCGAGAGCUGCUCACCAAGCUCCCAGGGGGCCUGUUCAACAUGAACCAGCUGAUAGCCAAUGAGAUCAAACUCCUGGUGGAGUGACUCCACCGGUAAAUAAUUACCAACAACUCCCUUGUAAAACUCAAUUUCUUUUUCUUCUUUUUUCUUUCUUUCUUUUUUUUUUUUUAACCAACUUGCAAUGCUGUUCAUGGAAAGUACUCAGGAAGAUGAGAGAAAAUUGAGUAGAGUUAGUCAGGAGAGAAGCAAGGGGAGCUAGAUUAGACCUCUGCUAUUAAGAUGUUACUGACUUUCAUUUACAGAUACCACAGAUAGAAUGGCAGAAGAGGUGAGACACCAGAGAAGUGUCAGGCUUUUAUACUUACCCUUUUAAAUUACAUUGGUGAUCUUAAAUUACAUUGGUGUAUGUUCUCAGGCCAUGAAGAACACAGUUUUUUUCACGGCCCCUUGCUUUUGCUUUUGUACAAUUGCUACAAAUUUUGGCAUAGCGUAACUUCACAUUACGUUGCAAAGAUUUGUAAUGAGAGAGGAAAAGAUCUACCUAAAUUAUAGGAAUUUUUACAAAUCUGAAAAUUCUGCCUCUACCAUAUUAACUAGCAAGUUUAUGUUCAUAGUUUAUGAAGUCUUGAGGCGCUCUUUUACUGGAAUUUUAUUAUUUCUGUUUUUUGUUUUUCCUUUAAUUUGGGCGGGAGGGCAACAUUGAUAUAAUCCAAUAAAGGUUUCUUAAUGACAGAAUUGGCAUUUUCCUAUGAUGAAAGGGAAAUGAACAGUAUUGCAAUGUGUGGUACACAAAAUGACAUUUAUUCCAAUGUAGAUAAAAUUACACUAGUUUAAAAUAUGUGCGUUGACUUGUAUUUGUUAGUGUUUUAAUCUUUUUUGAAAGAUAUAUGCUCUGUUAAUGUUGCAAUUUUUUUUUAAUACAUGCUAGUCUAACAUUCCCUGAUCUAUGCCUGCAUCUUUAACAAUGGCCAAAGUGAAGAAAGUGCUACCUUUUUUGUUAACAAGACACUGACUUGAAACAUGUGCAUUUAAAGUAUAAGGACAAGGAAAAAUAUUUUUGGGGGGCAGAUUAAGGGCCUAUAAGUUCUUAAGUAUAAAGCUGAAGUGAUUUUAUAAUACCAGCAUUAUAUAUUUGCAUUUUUCACAUUUUAGGAGGGAGUAUAUAUAUAUAUGUGUGUGUGUGUGCACGCAUGCAUGUGUAUGUGUUUUGCUUUUUGUUUACACCAACCAGUCAAAAAAGGAUAGAUUCUAGAAAAUGGAGCAUGAUGGGAAACACAGUUUUUACUUUAAAUAUCAGAUAACUUGUUUUAAUAACUGUACUGGGUUAGAGGUACUCACUAAAGACAUAAAGAGACUAGAUGCUUCUUAGGCCUUUUUAUGUAUAUGUAUGUUGUUUGGUUUUUUUCUUUGGUUCUAAACUGUUCGGUGUAUGAUUUCUUUAAGGCUACAUGCUUUUCUAUGCUUCUGGCUGUGCAUUUUCUCCUAUUAUACAUAGGUUUUAGGGUGGGGUGGAUUGGACGUUUUUGUUUGGGGACUUAUUUUGCAGUAUUAAGUCUCUUAUAGCCCAACUCUGAAGCCUUCAGUACUGUCCACUCUUUAUAUUCCUUUAAUUUCUGAAUUUAUAAAAGCCCCCAAAUGGCAUAUAACACGAGCCUUUAAAACAUGGGUAAAUCUAUUUGAAUAAUGGGUUUGGAAGCUGUGUUAAGAAAUGGAGAUGCUCCAGAGCUCAACGUAAUUUUUUUUAAACAGCAAGUUCCAUCUUACUGCAAUCCUCUGAAGCUUUUACCCGAGUCCUUUCUUGCCUCUCCAGUGCUUUUUUCCUUCAGAUGGACCUUAAACAUAAUUUCUCGGACACUACUAGAGAGACUUCGAGGCAAUAAUAAAAGAUCAGUAUUAACCAGCUCUAACAGAGGUUUGAUCAUGCUUGUACAGUUUUGCCCCCAUUUUAAAAAGGAAUGUAAUAAAAUUUGUUUUUUUUUUCCAUAGAAUUAAAUAAUAUUAAAGUUGAGUGAAAGGUUGAUUGUUGGCAAAUAGAAUAGUACCUCUAAUCUGUGCAGUGUUUCAUUUCACCUCAAAAAGAUGAUAAUAAGAAGAUUUUCUAAUUUAUUUUAGGAUAUCCUAAUCUCAUAUAAAAGAGUUUGACUUGCAUAGGGUUUUUUUUGGGCCUUAACGUAUGUUUAUAAGUACCUCUGACUCAUUAACAGAAAGAAAUACUUGGUACUUCUUUCGCUGAAUGACCAUAGGAGGAUGCAUAUUUGGGAUAGAGAAAUAAAUGAGGGAGAGAGAAGUGCUUAAUCAAGUCAUUCAUAUGAUUGUGUAGAGAGCAUCUGGUUGUCACAUAAAUUAUGAUACAUUAAAUACUUAUAUAUAUCACAUGCAUAUAGAUUUGCAAAUUUUAAAACAUUAAUAGAACACCCUCUCUACUUGAUGAAAAGCUCAGGGGUUUGUGUUGGGUGGGAUAAGGUAUCAGGAAAAAUGUAGAUAGCCUUUAAAACUAUUUUAUCAAACUAACCAUAUAUGAUUAUUAGAUUAUUUCACCUUUAGUUUUAUUCACUACUGAUCAAUGUUUUGUGCAUUCACACUAUAUUAAAACAUAGCUUUACCAACCUAUUUCUGGAUUUGUACACACACAUGUUAGAAUAAAGAGGUUAGGCAUGAUCAUCUUAGAGUUUAAAAAUGUGAAUAUCUUCUUGAACUCCCUCAAAUUAAGGUAAAGAAUAUGAACAAAUCAUUCUGGAAGAACCCAGAUGAAACACCCCAGAGAUUUAAGUGAAAGUUAAAUAUAUUUUCAUAUUGUUUAAUAACUUGUAUAAUCUUCAUUGCUAUUAUGAGAGGUAAAAAUGUAUUUAUCAAUUAUGUGUAAUUCUUAUGCCCAAAUCUGAAUUAUUGUAAAAUUGUGUAUUGUUAAAAUUGUAAUUCUUAAUUGUAUUUUAAAAGUAAUUCUGAUACUGUUUUUAUGUUACCUAUGAUGAAAACUGGACUACGUACACGUGCGCACAUACACACACACACACACAUACACACACACGACCUAUUCAUUUAAAAUUUUUAAUAGUUUUUUUCUUUUUUUGGUGCCUAAUAAUUGAUUGGUCAUUUCUGCUGGCUUUUGCUCCACUGAACUUUGAAAUCUUUCUGUAUAUGCUAUCAAUAAGAAAAUAUGCUGGAACGUUAGAAAAAAAUCACCAAGAGACUUGUUUUCAUCAAGCACUUUAUCAGACUUUUAAGAAGGUGUCGAAGGCAUUGAAAGAAUUGACUUUUCAAAAUCAUCUCUUCUUUUUCUCAAGAAGAAAACAGUGGAAAAACAAAUUCUCCUCAUUCAGUGAAUCCCCAGUUUGGGGUCUGGGGAGCGUAGAGACAUUGUGAAAUCAAAUCUUGUGUUACAUUUUUCUCCUGGCUCACUCUUUUUGAGAAGGUUUAUGGGCUAUAUGGCUGGUGAGACACGAUCCCCUCCUAAGAAAAUGUAGGUGCUCAGACAGGUAACCUCUGCUGCUACUGUUUUUAUUUGUUUGUUUGUUUGUUUAAUUUCAUUUAAAAUUUGUUUUUGUUGUACUAGGAUAUUUUUAAAUGUAAUAUAUUGCAGGAUUUAUAACCAGGUUCACUGCUUUCUUUCUUUCUUUUUUUUUUUUUUCCUUUAAAAAAAAAAACAACAACAAAGUUUCAUUUAAGAUACAUUUAGGCGCCUUUGAAGCUUGGAUUUUGGAAUGUUUCAGUAGUGGCCAGAAAUCUGCUGUUGGAAUCUUCUAGUCUUCCAGGUUUAAUUUGAAAUGUUUUUAGUUUUGUUUUGGAUUUUUGUGUGGUAUUUUAUUUCCUUUAUAUCAGUGCCCUUUUGCCAUGCUGUUUUGGGGUGGCUGCCUAACUCUAGUGAAAAUUCUUUCUAUAUUAACGGAAGUUUGGUGUUUUAAAUUCCUUAAUGUUUUGCAUUUUUUAAAAUUGUUUUUAAAGAAAUAUUCUAACUGCUUGCACUGUUACUGUUCUUUGCCAGCCUUUUCAGGAGCCAAAAAAACAAAAACAAACAAACAAAAAAAUACCCAGAGAAAAAACUUUCCUUCUUCCCCCUUCCUGAUGAUGAGUGAGAAGUAUUGAGAACUUUCGGGGUCAGUGCCCUUCUAAACUCCCCUUCCCCCAAUAAUGCAGCUGUAUAAUGAAUGGUAAAUGCAGCGGUUUGGAUUCAGGCACAGCCCCAGCCUGCUUGCAGCAGAGAGAUAAACUGGUAGGUGGCAGCAGAAGAAGGAAUUCUUCAGAAUGACGGCUACUGAAAGAAUCUACAUAGAAGAGAUAGAGCAUAACAUACCAAGUGAAGGAAAGGGGGCAAAAAAUGGAAACAGGACUAAAAUGUUUGGAUUUUGACUCUAAAUGGUUCUUUUGAAGUAACCAGUGAUGCUUUGUGCUUAUUACUUCAUUCACAGAAUGGACGAAGAUAGAUUUGACAGUAUGUUUUUUGAAAUGGAGUAUAGAAAUACCCAGAACAAGGAAGCAGUAGCUCUAACCUGUUUGAUUCGAUGUGUUUUCUAAAAUAAAAACACCAGAACUGGGAA